GCUAGCUAGCAAAACAGAAGGACUUCCGGAGUAGGUUUUCAAAAUAAAGAGGCCUUGCUGGAAACGGGAAUAAAUUUGACGAAAUAUCGAUGCAAUUUUGGAACCGAAAUCCUCCGUAUCUUUACAGAAACAGAAGUAACGCUUUUAUGAGCACAUCAGACUUAUUUGAAUUUCCUCUUCUUAAAGUAAACGUCGGUCGAAAUAAACGCAGCUUUUAUUUUUUCAGCACUUCAAGACCAACGGCUGUUAGCGCUUGGUAGCUUGACACGUACAAGAAGAGGUGAAGUUACAAAGCCUCGAACCAAAACAAGACUUUACAGCCUGUAGUGGACAACAACGCCUUGUUAUGAAUGGGACCUACCUCGUCUAAGUGCGUGUUCUUCGCGUCAAAUGCCCUCAAACCAGCAGGAUUUGUCUUUUAUCUCAAAUUGGAGCACCCAUGGAAAAAUACGGUUUGCUCUUUAGGAUCAACAUGUGCCGUCCUACAGUGACAAACAAGAAGAAGCUCUUGUAGCCGGAGGAGGAUUACCCGCUCCUGCUUCUCCUCCUCCUCCUUACCCUCUUUGGAAAAAUGACGGGACCCAACUCCCCCAGCCGGACCAGCACCUCUCCGGCAAAGCUGAGCAGACACGGCCGGUCCAAGAGCACCAGCGCACACUGCCUCCUCCGCUGCAGCACCCAGGAGGAGUCCUCGGCAUCUUCCACCAACAACGGUUCUCGGUCCCCUGGGGAGGAAGAGGAGAAGGAUGGAGGGGUUCUUUUCUAUGUGAACAGGACUGGUUUUCCCAUAGAGAGUGUGACCUGGGAGAGGAUGUGGUCCCAUGUGGCUGCUGUGCACCCAGAGGGACAGGAGAUGGUGGACAGGAUACGAAACGCAGCAUACCUUCCAAAGCAAGCUGUUCCAUCAGUCCCAACCUUCAAGCCAUCCAUGUCCAUCCCUGAUUGGCUAGUGGCUGUCCAGAACUUCAUGAAGACUCUGCAAUACAAUCACACAGGAACCCAGUUCUUUGAAAUCAAGAAGAGCCGUCCUCUCUGUGGGUUAAUGGAGACAGCAAGAGAGAUGAUCAGGGAGUCUCUGCCAAUCAAAUGUCUGGAGGCCGUCAUCCUGGGAAUCUACCUGACCAACGGGCUGACGUCUCUCGAGCGCUUUCCCAUCAGCUUUAAGACUCAGUUUUCAGGCCACUGCUUCCACCACGUUGUGCUCGGCGUCUACUGCAAUGGCCGCUACGGGUCGCUGGGCAUGAGCCGCCGCCAGGACCUAAUGGACAAACCGCUGACACAUCGCACGCUGGGGGAGCUGGUGGCAGAGUUUGAGAGCUCCUACAAGAGAUACCAGCACACUCUAAAGAAGGUGAAGAUUGGCCUGUACGUGCCUCACGACCCCCACGUCUUCCAGCCAAUCGAGUGGAAGCAUUUGGUGCUGAAUGCAGCCCGACUGGGAGCUCAGGAGAUGAGGAAGGAGCUGGAGAAACACGGCCGGGACAUGAGGAUGAAGAUCCUCAAAUCAUCCAGCGCCCAGUCACCAAUCAAAGAGCGGAGCCGGGGGAAAUCCUUAUCACCACGUCGACGACAGAUCAGUCCCCAGCGACGCUUCCCACAUCGCAGAGACAAAUCGCCGGCAUCAGUGGACAGGAAACCUCCAGAGCUCAGCACUUUGAACGACGGCUACCAGAUCCGCAUCUGAUCCUUGUGCUCCAUCUUCCAAUCAUCUUUAUAUCCGUCCAGCCUUCAAGUCCGUCCUUAAAUCCAAG